GCGACGUACCAGAACAGCAAACAGUCUACUUCGUCAAUCCGAUACGCACACACAACGGCAUUCGGGCUCUUGUCAUGCCAGCCAUGGCCCGCCGAUCGUGAGCUGUACAUUUUCAGAUGACUAAAAUUACGAGCGUUACGAAGAAACAAGGUUGUUCACUUCUUGCCUGGAACGAGUCGCGGUCCAGGUCCCCUGCCAUGUGCCAUGCCGUCGCAGCUUAUAUAGUAGCCAAGCACCAUCUCAGCCCCCGAUAGGUAUCCAUUCAUUCACAGCUACCUGUCUGCUCUCGAAAUCUCCUCCCAUCACGACGACUGUCAGCCAGUACCCAUAUCGCAAUGCCUGCAAUCUCAGUUCCCGGAAAGAUCCUCAUCACAGGUGCUAAUGGCUUCAUCGGGCUAUGGGUCAUUCGCCUACUCCUCCAGCGAGGGUACUCCGUACGGGCCGCAGUGCGUUCGGCUGAUAAGGGCGAAAAUUUGCUGAAGACAAUUACCGCCAAGAUUCCUGAGCAGGCACAGAAUGUCGAGUACAUUGUUGUCCCAGACAUCACCGCUGAGCACGCAUUCGACGAAGCUGUAAGAGGGAUUGUGGGAAUCGUACACACCGCUUCGCCAAUGGGUAUGCCCGGACCAGAUCCUCAAACGACCAUCGGUCCUGCUGUCUCCGGUACGGAAGGAUUGUUGAAUAGUGCUAUCACCCAUGCACCGCUCGCGACUGCGCUUACGAUACCUUUCAGAGAUGCUGUUAAGCGCGUUGUCAUCACGUCUUCCAUCAAGGCUGCCAUAGGGACUGACAGUGGCAGGACUUACACAGAAGAGGAUUGGGCCGACUACGCUGUGAAAGAGGUCGAGGAGAAGGGUCGCAACGUCAACUUCGAAUACACUGCCAGUGGAGUGCUCGCCGAAAGAGCCGCCUGGAAAUUUUAUGAGGAGAACAAGGAGCGUGUCUCGUGGGACAUCUCUGUUACCAAUCCGGGAUGGCCGACACUGGACGACCCGUCUUCUCCGGCUACUCUGGCGACGACGCCAAAAUUAUUCUAUGAAGUUUUCACCGGCAACCCCAUGUACACACCCCUCGCCGGACGACUUGGGCACAAUUUCGUCGACGUGCGCAAUGUCGCAGAGGCGCACCUGAAGGCAUUGGAGAUUGAGGAGGCGGGUGGCCAACGCUUCAUCCUGGCAUCUGAAUGGCAUACUUGGCAAGACCGGUUGAACACAGCCCGAGAUCUGAACUACUUCCCAAACCUCGACAAAGGCGAUCCAGCAAGGGCGAAUAGCGUUUCCCCGCCUCGCAUCUGCCACGGCGAGAAGGCGAAGCGGAUGCUCGGGAUCUCCUACAGAAAGAUGCCGGAAACGCUCAGGGAUGUCCUUGACGACUACCGCGCACGGGGCUGGCUGGCAAAGUACGAGUGAAGUUUGAGCGUACUUACUCUAGCCUCUCGCGGGGAAAUCUAUGCCAUCCAUCAUUGCGAUCUCUGAGAGUAGCGGCGACCAAUGAUGGCCUUGACGGUUGAAGCGUCUAUUUUGUCCUAUCGGUGGACUUAGUAUCCGUUAGCUUUGCUCUCGCCGCCGCAGUCUUGAGUCUAGCGAGUGGGAAUUCACACCGAUAGAAUCUCAUGAGAAUGGUCUGCUGGGAGAACCACUAGGGAUACUCAAUCCUUGAAGUCCAGUUCACUUUGCAAGCAUCAGUCAACCUGGGAAUCACUUAAUGCCCCUUAAAAUCGCCUUUAAGGGCAUUAAGGCGCUUAAGAUGGCUUUAAGGCCGUCUAAGACGUAAGCCCCAGUGAGAAUCGACAUGGUUUCGGUCGAUAUCAGUCGAUUUGCCCCGUGCGCAGUCGGG